CUCAAGAUGGCGCUGCACUCAAUGCGGAAGACGCGUGGGUGCUGGCGCUUCAUCCGGGCAUUUCACAAGGGACCCGAAGCUGCGCCUGGUUCCCAGAAAGAUGCCGUGAGACGAGUGUUCUCGGGCAUCCAGCCUACAGGAAUCCCUCACCUCGGCAAUUACCUGGGAGCCAUCGAGAGCUGGGUGAGUUUGCAGGACGAGCCUGGCUCCGUGCUGUACAGCAUCGUUGACCUACACUCCCUCACCGUCCCCCAAGACCCAGCCACCUUGCGGCAGAGCAUCUUGGACAUGACCGCAGCCCUUCUUGCCUGCGGCAUAAAUCCAGAGAAGAGCAUCCUUUUCCAACAAUCUCAGGUGGCUGAACACACACAAUUAAGUUGGGUCCUCACCUGCAUGGUCAGACUACCCCGGUUACAGCAUUUACACCAGUGGAAGACAAAGACUGCCGGGCAGAGGCACGAGGGGACCGUGGGCCUGCUCACAUACCCGGUGCUGCAGGCAGCUGACAUCCUGCUGUACAGGUCCACACACGUUCCUGUCGGGGAGGAUCAAGUGCAGCACAUGGAGCUAGUUCAGGAUCUCGCACGAGGGUUUAACAAGAAGUAUGGAGAGUUCUUCCCAGUGCCCAAGUCCAUUCUAACAUCGAUGAAGAAGGUAAAAUCCCUCCGUGAUCCUUCUGCCAAAAUGUCAAAAUCAGACCCAGACAAACUGGCCACUGUCAGAAUAACAGACAGCCCAGAGGAGAUAGUGCAGAAAUUCCGCAAGGCAAUGACGGACUUCACCUCGGCGGUCACCUACGACCCAGCCCGCCGUCCAGGCGUCUCCAACCUGGUCGCCAUCCACUCCGCAGUGACCGGGCUGCCCGUGGAGGAAGUGGUCCGCCAGAGCUCUGGGAUCGACACUGCUCGCUACAAGCUGCUCGUGGCAGAUGCUGUGAUUGAGAAAUUUACUCCAAUCAAGAGUGAACUUGAAAAACUGAAGUUGGACAAGGACCACUUAGAGAAGGUUUUACAGGUUGGGUCAGCAAAAGCCAAGGAAUUAGCAUAUCCCGUGUGGCAGGAGGUGAAGAAGUUGGUGGGGUUUCUAUAGGGAGUUUCAACCAAUGACGAAAAGGCUUUCCUACUUGGCGGCCGGGGCACUCCAAUAGAGGCAGCUUUCCUCGCAAGCAAAAAAUUAUACUUUGGGGACAUUUAGUUUGGUGUACCUGAUAUUGGCUUCAUUUGAUGAAUAAUGCUUUGUAGGCCUCAAAUAGAGCAGCGUUCUAAAUCCCAUCAACAAAGUGCUGUGGCCGGAAUAAACAAAACAAAGAAGGCAUAGCUUUCUGAAUCCUCAAUUUUUGAGGUAGACUCUUUGGCCUGAAUUAAUCUACACAGGUAUGAUUGAGGUGAUCAGUAAUUUGGUAAAUGGGGGUGUCAUUCGUUUCUCUCUUGAGUGCAUGCUGUCACAGGUGGUCACUGCAUCGGUCCCCACCUUGCUACAGUCACAUGUAGAGGUCUUCGACUUACAAUCCCUGGGUUGCUAUUUGGACCAAUUUGUAUUCAGAUCUCAUAAAAAUAAUUUGAUGAAGACAGUUCAUUUGUCACUGAGGUGGUGCCUGCUUUAAUGGAUAUCAACUGCGUAACUUGUUU